AUGGUGGAUGCUGCAGACCAGCCCCGUGGACAACAGCGACCGUAUCGAUCUAAGAAGAAAAAGCCGUGCGAUGCUUGCCGUCGACGGCGCGUGGGAUGUCUGAUCGAGGAAGGCCAGAAUACGUGCAGUCUGUGUCGACAUCGAGGCCUUGCUUGUACCUUUCUCUCAGGGCCUCCCAAGAAGAAAUCGCGAAGGACCACAUCUCCGCGGUCACGGAGUCAUGCCCAAGGAGGAGAGCCGUCGUCUGCGGCGUCAGCGUCCACGCCAGGCCAGGGGCAGAUACUGACGACGGCUGUCCCUGGCCAGACGACUGUUGUGCCCGGGCAGACCUUCUUAUACGCUGGUCCCAGCGGAGAUCAAGGCGUGUAUCUACUGCGACAUCUCCCGUUUGACGCUAAUUGCGUCUUCGGCACCAGCAACUGGACGAUCUGGAGGGCGUCGGCGGGCUCAUCGGGCUCUGCUUACUUCACGAUCUAUCCCAAUGUCCUACUCGACGCCGAAGGCGACGCGUUCGACAUCCGCCAGAUCCCAACAGCCGCCAGGACGCAUCACCAGGAACUGCUAGACCUGUACUACCGAUAUGUUCACCCUACACUACCCAUCCUGGAAUGUCGCCAGGAGCUCGAGGGCGCAAUCGCCGCGCGAACAGUGCCGGCUUCCUUGCUGGCCGCUGUCUACAGCAUGGCCGUGUUUUUCUGGAGCUAUUCCGGCGCGCUGCGAGGAGAGCCAAAGAUAAACAGAGAAGCGCUUCUGUCGUUCACCUACAAGUCUGUCAUGUUUGAAACUCGUAAUCCGAACCUAAGGACGGUCCAAACGCUGCUUCUUUACCUGCAGAUGCCCCCGAAACUUGUGCGGGAGCCGAACCACCCGGGUUCGUGGGUCGUCACGGCUCAGGUCGUGGCUGUUGCGCAGGAGGCCGGGCUUCACAUCGAUCCGGAACGAUUGGAAAUAUCACCGCGAGAAUGUAAAUUGCGACGGAUCCUGUGGUGGGCCGUCUAUCUCCAGGAUAAAUGGCUCGCAAGCUGGCUGGGUCGUCCCAGCCAUAUCUCCAAUGACCAGUUCACGGUGAAAAGCCUCAGCAUCAUGGACUUCACCAACGACUGGGGAAACGUGGAUAGCGCAGCCGCACCGUCCAUCCAGCAGUUCAUCAGUCUGUGCCAUCUCACUCCGGUGCUGGCAGAUGUGCUGGACAUGUUCUAUUCGCCCAAAGCCCGACUCGAGGCCACACAGCAGCAUCUUGCUUUGCUUCUGGCCAGUGAAGCGGCUUCCAAGCUGCAGGAAUGGCAAUCCCAGCACAUGUUCACGGCCAGGCCUCAGAGCGAAGAUCCAAAUGCCUACGCCUUGAUAUUCGCCUACUACGCAAUCGAAGCCUUGAUCCACGGCGCCCUCUUCGUAUGCACGGGAUCCGUAACAUCCGGCGGAGUUGCAGACGAGUCACAGCUUUUCGAGAAACUCCUGGAUGUUUUAGAACUCAUGCUCACGCGGAACCCUACCGGAUUCUGGCUCAGCUACUGCAAAGGAAACCUGGGCAUAAUCGGAAGCUUCAUGCUCACCGUGUUCCUCUCCAGCGUUGACGAGCACACUCUACAUAUCCGCCAGACCGUGCUCCAACGGUACCAGAGACUGCUGGAGGAGCUGUGCGUACGGUUCGAGUUUGCUGCGCUGCCCAGUGUGAGACUCAACCUGUUUUUCAAACGGCUGUUUCCGGAGUAUAUGGAUGAGAAUCUUGAGGAACGGCCUAGUCUGGAGUGAUGUUUCGGACUAUUUUCACAGUAUCUAUUGGAUGGAGUUCGGCGUGUUCGGUAGAUAGUAUCUAGAUUUACGACGCCAGAUUAGUUCUCUCAAUGAAGCAAUAGUGGACGGCAUAGCACAUACUGCUGCUUGACAGUAUUCUCAUUUGUUUCUGUUCU